GUCAGGGCUGCGCCUGCGCAAUGCCGCGUCCAAGCUAGGCCCGGGCGGAGUCUCGAUUACCUCUCCCCGUCUUGUCAGCUGGCGGCGCUGUCCCCGCCCUCCCCUCCUUCCUCCGGGCUGACGUGGCCGGGGACAUGGCGGACGGGAGCAGGCAGAGCAAGCUGGCGGCGGCCAAGAAGAAGCUGAAGGAAUAUCAACAAAAGAAUAGCCCUGGGUUAACACCAGGAGCCAAGAAGAAACGUAAAGGUAAAGAAGGGAGUAGACCAGAGACGCCAACAAAUGAUGGCAGAGAGUCUCCUGAAAACAUUCAGAACAUUCUGAAGGUGCUGGUGUCAGACCUUAACCGCUCCAAUGGGGUAGCCAUACCUCCAUUGGACAAGAGAAAGGCAUACUGUGAUGGGGAAGUUGCCGUCCAUAAUGCUGACCAGCUGGCUGCCGAUGUCCCCAUGUUAUCUAACAGCAACAGUUUGCCUAGCUCUGCCUCCCCAGAUCCUGGAAGCAUGCAGCUGUCACAGCUCAGUGACUUGGAACAUAAAAACACAUUUGAAGAAAGCCGGUCCCCCUCAUUAACCGAGAGCCUCCGCCAGCUCUCUGAGCAGCUUAAUGGCAUGGUCAACCAGCCAGCGGCCUACGUGAAUGGGGAAAAUGCCACAUCUUGCACAGAUAUGAAAGAAAUGGCGACACGUUACCAGGAGCUGGCAGUAGCUCUAGACUCCAGCAAUCUAACAAACAAACAACUCAGUUCAAAAGUAGAGGAAUUGAAACAGCAGAACCAAGAAGCUAUGAAUCAGCUGGAGAAGGAAAAGAAGGGGUUUGAGCAGAAGUUUUCAAAGGAGCAAGCAGCAUUGCGAGAACAAUUGCAGGUCCACAUUCAGACCAUCGGGAUCCUGGUGUCUGAGAAGUCGGAGCUGCAGACGGCCCUGGCGCAUACGCAGCAGGCUGCUCGCCAGAAAUCAGGAGAAGCAGAGGACCUUGCUGCCCGGUUGCAGGCCUCUCGGCAGAGAAUAUCAGAAGUGGAGCACACGCUGUCCUCUCUCUCUGCGCAACAGAAGCAGCAAGAAAAGCAUAACAAAGAGCUGGCCAAGGAACGGGAUAGUCUGAAGACGGAAGCCUACAAACAGAGCAAAAGUAGCGAAGAACUUAAGCAGCAAAACUCUGAACUUUCGGAAAAACUGCGCAGCUUAAUCUCCGAAAACUCAGCCAUGAAGCUGGACGUGGAGGAUUUGCACAAGAAACUGGAAAUGGCCGAGCUGAUGAUUCAACAGUUUGCAAGCCAGCCAGGCGUCCCUGAUGCCACUCAACAGCUGCAGAUGGCCUUGGAAGAAAGAGCCAAUCUCGAAGCACAAAUUGCCCAGCUAUCCGAGUCGCUCCAGCAACUGCAGGCUGAACGGGAUCAGUAUGCCCAGAAGCUGAAGGAGGAAGGGGGAAUCUGGCAGCAGCGAGUCCAGAUGCUCUCUGAGCAGAUCCACACUUUGACAGAAGAAAAAGACCUGAAUGUCAAUCGAAUUCAGGAGCUGGAAAACAACCUGUCUGAGUUGCUCAGCAGUCAGUCUGCCGCCACGCCAGCGGAGAGCGAGCCCUCCCCGCCGCCGGGGCCGACGGAAGCGGAGCUGCGCUUGCAAGAGGAGCUGGCCCGCCUGCAGCAGGAGAAGGAGGCGCUGCAGGGCCAGUGCCAGGCCCAGGUGCGCGACAACCAGCAGCUGAGCCGCCUCAACCAGGAGCAGGAGGAGCGGCUGGAGGAGCUGGAGCGGAGCCUGCGGCGCUACAGCGAGGAGGCCAUGGACCGGCAGCAGAUCCUGGAGAACAUGCAGAGCGACAAGGCCACCAUCAGCCGGGCCUUGACCCAGAACCGGGAGCUGAAGGAGCAGCUGGCGGAGCUGCAGAAUGGGUUUGUCAGGCUGACCAAUGAGAAUAUGGAGGUGACGAGUGCCUUGCAGUCGGAGCAGCACGUGAAGAAGGAGCUGGCCAAGAAGCUGGGUCAGCUGCAGGAAACACUGGCCGACCUCAAGGAGAAGAUUUCUCAGAAAACGGAGGAGGCCCAGGCUCUUCAGGAGCAGCGGGAUCAGUACUACACCCACCUCCAGCAGUACACUGCUGCCUACCAGCAGCUGGCCACGGAGAAGGAGGAACUUCAGAAGCAGUACCUCCUUCAGACGCAGCUCAUGGACCGCCUGCAGCACGAGGAGGUCCAGGGCAAAGUCGUGGCUGAGAUGCACUUCAAGGAGCUUCAGCAGGCCAAGGAAAGCUUGGAGACGGUGGCCAAGGAGAACCAGGAGCUGCAAGCUCAUGUCAGCCAUCUCAUGGCCGAACUGGACGCCAAGGCGCUUCCCAGGGUGCAAGGGGACGGAGUAGAAACGGAAGAGGCCAUGGAGGACCAAAACACCCCUCCACUCACCAUCCCAGAUGAUUUUGACAGUAAAGAGGAAAUGGUUGCCUUCUUGACCUCCACCCUGACCCAAGCGGAGUCCCAGCGUGAAGAGAUGCGGCAAGAGCUGGCUGAGCAGAAGAGGCAAUGCCGAGGCCUCCUGCAGCAGAUUGCAACGCUCCGGAAGCAGCAACAGCUGCAUGUCACCACAGCAGGAGUCUCUGGUGCAGAUUCUGUUCCAGGGGAGGUUCAUGAGGCCUUAAAAAGUGCCAUGGAGAAGCUACAGUCCCGUUUCACAGAUUUGAUGCGUGAGAAGGCAGAGCUGAAGGACCGAGUGGAAGAGCUGGAGCACCGCUGCAUACAGUUGUCGGGAGAAACAGACACGAUAGGUGAAUACAUUGCCCUGUACCAGAGCCAAAGGGCUAUCCUGAAACAGCGCCACCGGGAGAAGGAGGAAUACAUCAGCCGACUGGCCCAGGACAAGGAGGAAAUGAAGAUGAAGUUAAUGGAGCUGCAGGAAUUGGUGAUGCGCUUGGUGGGCGAGAGAAAUGACUGGUAUGCAAAGUACAUGGCGGCCACACAGAACAUGGAGUUACAACUUGGCCCUGAGAGCAAUCCUGCCGAUACAGAGGAGAGGCACUUGGAGUUCAACACUACUGAUAAAGAAGGGCUGCGAGAAGUGAGCUUGGCCGAUGAGCCGGACCAGGAACCCGCUGGUGCUGCGCCCCGUUGUCCCACCGGCGCUGACAGCCAGGCCCCCGCGCCUGCUCCUCAGGACCCCACGGCCAAGCAGAUCAUGCAACUUCUCCGCGAAAUCCAGAACCCUCGGGAGAGGCCCGGCUCUUUGCUGGAGAACCCCUGCAUCCCCUUCUUUUACCGGGCCGACGAGAACGACGAGGUCAAGAUUAUGGUGGUGUAGCUGGGCGCAGAAGCUGCUGAGGACCCAAAGGGCCUGCCUUCUCUGUCCUGAAGCAGCAACAGCCAAGGCCGGUCACAGCUGAGCGGAGCAGGAGGCGAGGGCUUGGCAGUUCUGUGCUGGCCCUUCCCUUUUGCUGCUCUGAACAGAUCACGUUGGCCAUCGGGAGCAACUCGGGAGGCAACUUGGUUCUCCUGGCUUCCGUUUCAUGACUUUGUUCCCCAUUUGACCUCUAGUUUUCCCACCAGUUUGUUCCAGGACAGAUGGUUUGGGUUCUCAGCCCUUCCAGCCUAAUAGCCAGAUCGAUAGCUCUCUCCGAAACAAGAGGCUUUCUCACAGCCUCCAUUAGCAAAACCCUUUUUUGUUUCAAUUCUGACCAAAGGAGAAAGGCUACAUUGGUGUGUUUUGGUUCCGGCUACCCUUUUGCUUGGGCUUGUGGCUGUUUGGUGAAGAUGAGUUGAGGGUGGGAUGGAAAUACGACUGCACUUUGGAUGGCGAGAUAACUUUGGCGUCUUGUGUUGGAGGAUUUUAUUUAUUUUUAAAAGAUGGGGAAAACUAGUAAAAACAAAAUCAGAUCACUGGAGAAAUGAACCUGUUUUGUAUUGAUUUCUGGAAAUCCAACUACUUGUAGUGGGGUCUUGUUUAUUUGUUGGGUUGCGUGAUUUUGAGAGGCGGGAUUGGGGCGAACUCCAGUGCAGAACAAGGCCGAAGGGGUCUAUGCAAGGAGCAUGAUGUGCCGGCGACUGAAAAGAGCAUUGCGAGUAUGUGCAGAAGGAACAGACCUGAAGCAGGAGCUCUAUCUUUAGUCGUUUGCACAUGAGCGGUGUGCAAAUUGUUGUGUAGUGAUAUGAGUGGAGAAAAAAGGAACCACCAAUCUGCCAGAGACGGGUUGGCUGCUGCAUUGCGCUUCCCAACUAGUCCCUUCGGUCAUUAGUGAUUCCAUUUCCAUCAGAGCAGAACCUGCGAGAAGCAAUCCAGCCAAAGAGAAAAGCACACAGGGAAGUUUUACAAUAAAUCCGCUUCCUUCCCAUCCCUGCCCAGUUUGCCGAGCCUGGGGCGCGAUUGUAAACGAAAUCACUGUACUCUUCCAUAUUCUUGAAUGCAGAAGACAUCCAAGAAAUUGGCACCGCAAACGGUUUUAAUUCAGUGUUAACCCCUUUGGCGCGCUGUGUCAGGGCACUAGCAAAACAGGCCCGUGAACUGUUUGCACAAGUGUACAUAGUGUGUAUGUGUAACAUUUUGUACAUACCUGAAAUAAAGAAGAGAGGAGUCCCUUGGCUGCAUUUCUAGCUGCCGGGAGGCUCCUUAUAACCUUGUAUUAUAAAGUCAAAUGAUCUAACGUCAGUAGUGGGGCAGGGGAAGGAAUGGGACGGAAUAUAGAACUGGGGGAUAUUUAUUGGGUGUCUGGUUUUCCAAGAAUGUGAAAGGAAAACCCUGAUUAGAAAACGCUUUUGAGUUCUAUGGCAGAGAUUAUUUAAUUCCUGUUACAAAUUUGUUCUUUCCGAAUAAACCUGUUCCACCUGUCGCA